AUGAUAGUGAACGGACCCCGCGUUUUUCCAAUUUUACGGUUUAUGUUGGGCUUUCAGACCGUUCUCGUGUUGAUACUUAUUAUUGUGGACAAUUUCAAAUCAGUAGCCAUUUACAGAGGGAAAGGCGGAAAGGGGCUGGGCAAAGGCGGAGCCAAGCGGCACCGCAAAGUCCUUCGCGGUAACAUCCAGGGCAUCACCAAGCCGGCCAUCCGGCGCCUGGCCCGCCGCGGGGGCGUCAAGCCCAUCUCCGGCCUCAUCUACGAGGAGGUCCGCGGAGUCCUGAAGGUUUUCUUGGAAAAUGUUAUCAGGGACUCGGUCACCUACACUGAACACGCCAAGCGCAAGACGGUGACGGCCAUGGAUGUGGUCUACACCCUGAAGCGCCAGGGGCGGACCCUGUAUGGCUUCGGUGGUUGA